AUGCUUAGGACAACCGCUAGACUGUUGAUAAAUACAGCAAUUAAGUCCAGCAAACCAUCAUUAAUUACAUCUACAAAGGGCCCACAGACACUUCUACCAAGAUUACAUCAUCUCCAAUCCAUAAAGUUUUAUUCAACUAAAGAUGAUAAAUCAGCCACCGAUAAGAAAAAGAAGUCCGAUGAACCACAAUCCAUUUUGAAUGAUGACAUGCUAGCUAGAGCUGGAUUCGAAGAUCUUGAAUCACAAAAGGAUGGUAAACAACAAUCCAAAAGAGAUGGCAAAACUAUCGAGGAACAAGAGCAAGAGCAAGAGCAAGAACAAGAACAAGAAUUCGAAGAUGAGGACGGAUCUAAGAAAUCAUCCAGACGUAAGAGAAGAAGAGCACAAACAUCAAAGGAUUUAAAACGUGAGAGAUAUGCCAAUAUCUUUUACUUGUCUACUUUAGUCGGAGGUGCCCUUGGAUUAGGAUACAUGAGUAGAGACUGGGAUUCAGAAAAGGAACAAGAAGAAAUGGAUGGUAAAAAUAUUUCCAACGGAUACACUCCAGCUUUAAUGUAUGAAAGAAUGAGCAAAAGAUUAGCAUCGUUAUUUACAUUUUUUUCCGAACCAGCGUUUGAAAACUUGUUACCACCACCAGCACCGGAACAAUAUCGCCGUCCAUUGACUUUGGUAUUGACAUUGGAUGAUUUGUUAAUUCACUCUGAUUGGGAUACUAAACAUGGAUGGAGAACCGCUAAAAGACCAGGACUUGAUUAUUUCUUGGGUUAUUUAUCGCAAUACUAUGAAAUUGUUUUGUUUUGCUCCAAUUCACAAUUGUUUUCCGAAAAAGCUGUUGGUAAAUUAGAUCCAUAUCAUGCCUACAUUUCAUAUGCAUUGUUUAGAGAAGGAUGCCGUUACAAAGAUGGGAAAUUGAUUAAAGAUCUUUCAUUAUUGAAUAGAGAUUUGGGCAAGACAGUUAUGGUUGAAGUUGAUCCUGAUUGUACAUCAUUACAACCAGAAAACUCUAUCGUGGUUAAGAAAUGGGAUGGUAGACCUGAUGAUUAUUUGAUUCGUUUGAUCCCAUUCUUGGAAUACUUGGCUACUCAACCAGUUAAAGAUGUUCGUCCAAUUCUCAAUUCAUUCAAUGAUAAAUCCAACAUAGUUGACGAAUUUACUCAACGUGAAGCUAAAUUAAGACAACAAUGGAAAAAAGAUCACCCUCAAGAUAAGCCAAAUGCCGCCAAUUUCCUUGCCAAGAUGCUUGGUAUGCCAGUUCAAGAACCCAAAAUGCCAUUGGAUAUAAUUAGAGAACAUGGUCAAUUACAAUAUCAACAUUUCCAAAAAUACUUACAAGAAAAUGCUGCUAAAUUUUUAGAAGAAGAACAGAAAUUGAAGGAUGAAUUUGGUAAAAUGACUUUAAACAAAUUGAUUACUGAAGGUGGACCAAAUCCGGAAGAAAUUGCUAAAGUGCAACAACAAAGAGCAGCUGAAGAAGCUGAAAAGCAGAAACAAGCAGCAGCAGCUAAGUAA